UUAAACUAGCUUGGUCUCUCCAUAUUGGGUAAUUUAUUAUUUGAAAUGGGUAAUUGUUUAGGUUCAUCAGCUAAAGUGGAUAAUAGCAACCAUAGCCCACAUGCUAAUUCUGCUUCUUCGGCCUCGAGAGUUUCGAGCAAGACAAGCCGUUCAACGGUUCCUUCAGGAUUAAGCACAACUUCUUACAGCACAGAUAGUAGUUUAGGACCAUUACCAACGCUUAGGACAGAAGGAGAGAUACUUUCAUCGCCAAACUUAAAAGCUUUCACUUUCAACGAGCUCAAGAACGCAACUAAGAACUUUCGUCAAGAUAAUCUACUAGGCGAAGGAGGUUUCGGUUGUGUAUUCAAAGGAUGGAUUGAUCAAACAUCUCUCACUGCCUCACGCCCUGGUUCUGGAAUAGUUGUUGCUGUUAAGCAGCUUAAGCCUGAAGGGUUUCAAGGUCAUAAAGAGUGGUUGACUGAAGUAAACUAUCUUGGUCAACUUAGUCACCCAAAUCUUGUAUUACUAAUUGGAUAUUGCGCGGAAGGCGAAGACCGGCUUCUUGUAUAUGAAUUCAUGCCAAAAGGAAGCUUGGAGAAUCAUCUUUUUAGACGUGGUGCGCAACCACUUACAUGGGCGAUAAGGAUGAAAGUGGCAGUAGGUGCAGCUAAAGGGCUAACUUUUCUUCAUGAAGCAAAGGCACAAGUGAUAUACAGAGACUUUAAAGCUGCUAACAUUCUACUCGACGCUGAUUUCAAUGCUAAGCUUUCGGAUUUCGGAUUGGCAAAAGCCGGUCCUACUGGUGAUAAUACACAUGUGUCAACAAAGGUCAUUGGUACUCAUGGAUAUGCUGCACCUGAAUAUGUUGCCACAGGUAGAUUAACCGCAAAGAGUGAUGUGUACAGCUUUGGGGUCGUACUACUAGAAUUGAUAUCAGGACGGCGUGCCAUGGACAAAUCAAAUGGGGGAAACGAAUAUAGUCUUGUGGACUGGGCAACACCGUACCUUGGCGAUAAGCGAAAGCUUUUUCGGAUAAUGGACACGAAACUAGAGGGUCAAUAUCCACAAAAAGGAGCUUUCACAGCUGCUAAUCUUGCAUUGCAAUGCUUAAAUCCCGAUGCAAAACUCAGGCCGAAAAUGUCAGAAGUUUUAGUCACAUUAGAACAGCUAGAAUCCGUUGCUAAACCUGGAACCAAACACACCCAAAUGGAAUCUCCAAGAUUUCAUCAUUCCUCUGUUAUGCAGAAAUCUCCGGUAAGAUAUAGUCAUGAUCGGCCUCUGCUGCACAUAACUCCUGGUGCAUCGCCUUUACCUUCUUACACUCAAUCUCCUCGUGUAAGAUGAAACACACUUAAGAAAAUAGAUCUUGCUUU